ACGCGGGAGUUCUCAUCUCAAUAAUUUUGAUCCGUGUCUCAAGAAAAAUUUCUGGUUCAGUAGAAGCUCCCGUGACUUUAAGACCAUGCUCGAUGAUGUCUAUAGCCACUCCGGAGUCCGGAGUGUAUAAAUAUACUAAACAAGAAAUUAUUUUGAGGCUUAAUGAACUACGUAAGCAAAAAAUAAAUGGUGAACUAGAUGAUUCCGACCACUUAUCAGCUGAACACAUAAAAUGGAGAAAUGAAUUAAGUUUUGAUUUAUUGGACGAAUAUAUCAAACAUUCUUGUGAAGAAAUUCGACUCACGACACUCAGUCUUCUGGUUGAAUCUAAAAAAAGCACUUUACGAUUUUUGGAGAAAGAAUUAAAUAUAAUAAUAGAGUUUAUAAAAUUCAAUCUUGGAGAAAAAUUUGAAUUCGUUCCCGUCAUCAAAAAAGUAUUUAAACGAAUGAGUCAAAGUCUUGCUGUGUUUCGAAGAAAUGUAAUGCAAAUUGAAAAAUUUAAAUCACGAGAGAUAGAAGCAUGUGAAGAUUUGGAAUUGUAUCAACAACGCGAACUAGAGUAUACAGAGCUAGCUAAAGAAUCAUUAAAUUCAAUAAAUUAUUAUCGUUCAUUUUUCUCCAACGUUCGCGAAGAAUGUUUGAGUGGUACACGAAUCGGAGCAACUCAUACACGAAAAAAAAAUUGUUUGGGUAUAUUACAACUGCAACAAAACAUUUUAGAAAAUGAUUUCAAUGAUAUAUCGUGGAAUGUUGAACAAGUAAAUAAAUUAUUUCAAUGUUUAUUACUUGAUACGUAUGAAACAAAUAAAGAAAUCACUUUUCAAAUAUUGUCAAAAAUUGAUCCGGUUACAUUAAAUUUGACAAACUUAAAGAAAGUUGAUGAAAUGUUAUACGUAGGAAUAAAUUUAGGAGAUUGUAUUCGACCACUUGACAGUAUUACAGCAUCUUAUAUGUUAAGAAUUUGUCUUAUGUCACCAAUCAUUAAAGAAGUAUUAAAAAAUUAUCAGAAAAGUAAUCUGUAUGAAAAUGAUAUUUUAGCUCAGUUAAUUAUGGUUUUGCUUGAACAUGCUAAGAUUUCUGCAAAAUUAGCGAAUGAAAAUAUUAUUGAUGCUGUUGCAAAACAUUCCUUGUACGGGUAUAUUUUUUGUAUAAGAAAAUUAAUUUCUUCCUGUGAUCUCAAAAAAGUUGAUAUUAAACUCUGGUCAUUUAUAAUUAGUGAUAUAAUAACUGUUAGUUUGGAAUUAUACACAGCAGUUUCCUCGGUAGUAAAUAAUUCUUCACCAGAAGGUCAUUUUCCAAUGGAUCUUAAUAAAAAAUAUUUGGGUGUUGAUGGGGACAAAUGUGAUCUAAUAAAAGUAACGCCACAAAUGGUUCUACUGUGCUCAUGGCGUACUGUCAAAGAAGUCAGUUUAUUGUUUGGCUAUCUGAUGAUGAAAUCACCGAUUGAAAAUGAUAACUCAAUAAUAGGCUUAUUGUCAAAACAACAAAUCAUUGAAAUUGGAGAUCAUUUAGUUACAUUACUUUGCGAAACGAAGCAUCGAGGUGCAUUUGAACAAGCACACGUGGGGUUUGAACAGUUUUGCACAAGAUUAUGGCGACUUAAGCAGAAUAAUUUGAAUGAAUUACCUAAAAUAUGGUUGAAUGAAUUACUCAUGGCUAUCACUGGGUUAUCGCCGGGAAAUGCAAAGUUAUGCGCUACGCGACGUAGUGCUGGUAUACCUUUUAUGGUUCAAGCACUGGUUGCUUCUGAACCUUCAAUCAAAAAUAAAACAGACGCUGUAGUUUUCAACUCGUUGAUGAAAAUUUUAUUAGAUUUGACAAAAAUUCAAGAUGAACUUGAAUUAUCUAGGAAAGCAAUGGACAUUAUAGAAAAAGAAAAAUUUUUUUCUAAUCUUAAGAUAAAUGAAUUAAAGAAUUAUUCUAGUGCAAUUACUUCAGGAAGUUGUGAUGACAAUGUAACAAUUACAGAAGUAAAAAUGCAUGUUUUGAAUAUAUUACGUGCAUUAUUUAAACAUGCCCAGCUACGAGAUCUGUCUAAAAUUUAUUCUUCAAGUGGAUUAAUUGCUGCAAUAAACAGUUAUGAUAAAAAAACAUGGGCUGAACGCAAUGCAGCGACAUUAUUAUUUAGCGCUUUAAUAACACGAAUUUUUGGUGUACAAAGAACAAAAGAUCACGUAAAUUUAACAGUUCACAAUAAAAUGACUGGUCGAGUAUUCUUUGAGAAAUAUCCAGAACUGUUACCAUUUAUGCUUAAUCAACUAAAUGCAUACAUUAAUGAUGAUAGUAAUCCAAUAAAACCUAGUAUUCAAUCAAUUCUACUCCUCUUAUCUCGAUUAUAUCUCACGUCGAAUUUAGACACUAAUUAUGACUGGAAGGUUGAUGAAUUCGUAAGAUUAGUUUCAACAUGUGCUAAAAGUAGAAUAUACACAACACGAGAAUUAGCUGCCAGAGCUGUUGUACCUUUACUUACGGAGAGAACUGUUUGUUUAUUUCUUAAUGAGUUAUUUGAAAAGAUUAACACUGAAGCAAACAGUGGUAAAUCAUCUCGCUGGAAUUCAAUACAUGGCUACAUACUUCAGGCUUUGGAAAUUACGAAAAGCAGUUUACUCUUAACAUGUAAAUUAUCUGACAUACAUUUAGGCGAAUUCAUCUCUAAUUCAAAGUGGAUUAUUCGAAAUGUUAGCUGUUGUAAUAAUAGAUCAGCUUGCUAUCCAUUAGCAGCAGCUUAUAUUGAUCUUCUACAUGAAUUUAUGAAUCUCUAUAAAUACAAAAAAGAACAAUUUCCUUUUUCAUUGUAUCAUCAAGUACUUCAUGAAUCAAUAACGUAUGUCAGUAGAAAUCAAUUGAAAAACCAAUUAGGAAAAGAAAGUUUUGAAUUUUCUACGGCUAAAUUUUUUGUGAACUGGCAACUUAAAAUAAAACUUAAGUAUACUUUAGAAAAGGAUGAAUGGUUGAAAGUAUGGGGUAAUAUAUUGUCCCAUACUAAUAUUCAAGUGCAAAUAUUAGCUUGGACAAACAUAAUAGAAACUGUUUGUCGAAAAUCUGAAGAAUUUUCCAUGGCCACACAAAAUCCAUUACUCUUUUUAGCGAUUCAUCGUGCUUGUGAUGAAUUGUAUAAAGAAGAAAUCGAUCCAGAUAUACAAGAUGCAAUACAGGACUUUUUAUUUCAGCUAGACAAUAAAAAUAACGUGAAUAGCCUUAAAAUUGAUGAGCAUUCAUAUUGCAAUGUAAUAUGCCCAGCAGUUUUAAAUACUUUUAGAAAAAAUACAUCUUAUAGUUCUAGUUUUUUGAGAUUGUUUGGAAAAGUACUUGGCAAAUCAUUAGCCUUUUACACUAGUCAGCCUUCAGUACAAAGAAACAUAGAUUUUAGUUACGACUCGUAUGAAAUAUUUUAUAACAAUUCUUGGACUAGUUCAUCCGGACUUGAUUCUAGAUUAGCGAUUGCUAAAGUAAUGUCCGAUAUUUAUAUUGAUACCAAGAUAUUAGGCAAUGAAUAUUUAGAACUUUUACUUGACUGGUGGACCAUUUUAUUGAAGUUAUUAGUAGAUGAUAAUUCACAAGUACGUUCGAUGGCUUUAUUGGCCCUGUUAAAGAUUGAAUCAUCAGAUAAAGUCAUAAAAAAUUCCAAAGAACCACUAGAAAUAUUAUUUGAAAAAUUUUUCAAUUGUAUUUUAGACGAUAGUGCAAAGUUUGCAGCAUAUUUUGUUUGGAGUCUUUCAUUAUCGGAAAACGAUUUUGAAAUGGAUGAUAGUGAUGUUUUCAAUAAGUGUUACAAUUAUGAAGCGUAUGAGCCGUUACGUAUUUCCGAUUUGUGUGGUCGUUACUUAAAAGAAAUAACACACAAUCAAUGGAACACUGAAACUAUUUUUUCAUCAAACCUACAACGAUGGCUUAGCAAUAAAUUGAAUAUAAAAAAUGUACAAGUGCACAAAUUU